CUGCUCAGCUCUGGCUUAUGGUGGUGUAAGGAUUGAACCUGGGACUUCAGAGCGCCAGGCAUGAGAGUCUCUUUGCAUAACCAUUGUGCUAUCUACCUCCACCCUUCUGUGGGCCAUACUGUCCAGUGAAGAGGCUGUGCUGCUAGAUUUAAACAGAGUCUCAAGCUAUUGCUGUGAUUGAUCUUCCAUUUUCUGGCCUGAAAGACAUUCAGGGAAAGAGGAAGAGAUGGCAGUUUCUUGGGGUUCAGUGACCUAUGAAGAUGUAACUGUGAUAUUCACUCAAGAGGAGUGGGCACUAUUGAAUUCUUCAGAGAAGAAACUCUACAGAGAUGUGAUGUGUGAAAAUUUGAGGAACUUUCUUUCAAUAGAAAAGAUACAAGAACAUUCCACCAAAGGGCAGCAUAUCUUGCAUGGCAGUAAACAAAGUAAUACAACAGUAAACAUCUCUGAGGGCAAAGACAGUCAGAAUGCUGGAAUAUCUCAAGAAUAUGAAGUAUACAGCAAAUUAUUCACUUAUCCUAUUCAUCUACAAAAACACGUAAGAAUUCACAGUGGAGAGAAACCCUAUGAGUGUAAACAAUGUAAUGGAACAUUCAAGAGAUCCAGUCAUCUUUGGAAACAUGAAAUAACUGACAGUGGAGAGAAACCCUAUGAGUGUAAACAAUGUAGUAAAACAUUCAGUCAAGCUGGUCAUUUUCAUAUACAUGAACGAACUCACUGUGGAGAGAAACCCUAUGAAUGUAAGCAAUGUAGUAAAACAUUCAGUUGUUCCAGUCAUCUUCAGAGACACGAAAGAAUUGACAGUGGAGAGAAACCCUAUGAAUGUAAAGAGUGUAGUGAAACAUUCAGUGAUUCCAGUCGUCGUCGGAGACAUGAAAGAAUUCGUAGUGGAGAGAAACCCUAUGAAUGUAAACUAUAUAGUAAAACGUUCAGUUGUUCCAGUCAUCUUCAGAGACAUGAAAGAAUUCACAGUGGAGAGAAACCCUAUGAAUGUAAACUAUGUAGUAAAAAAUUCACUUAUGCCAGUAAUCUUUGGGCACAUGAAAGAACACACAGUGGAGAGAAAACCUAUGAAUGCAAACAGUGUAGUAAAACAUUCAGUCAUUCCAGUAGUCUUGGGAGACAUGAAAGAAUUCAUAGUGGAGAGAAACCCUAUGAAUGUAAACUGUGUAGUAAAACAUUCAGUUGUUCCAGUAGUCUUUGGGCACAUGAAAGAAUUCACAGUGGAGAGAAACCCUACGAAUGUAAACAAUGUAGUAAAGCAUUCAGUGAUUGCAAUAUUCUUCGGAGACACGAAAGAAUUCACAGUGGAGAGAAACCCUAUGAAUGUAAACAAUGUAGUAAAACAUUCAGUUGUUCCAGUCAUCUUCAGAGACAUGAAAGAAUUCACAGUGGAGAGAAACCCUAUGAAUGUAAACUAUGUAGGAAAACAUUCACUUAUGCCAGUAAUCUUUGGGCACAUGAAAGAACUCACACUGGAGAGAAACCCUAUGAAUGCAAACAGUGUAGUAAAACAUUCGGUCAUUCCAGUAGUCUUCGGAGACAUGAAAGAAUUCACAGUGGAGAGAAACCCUAUGAAUGUAAACUGUGUAGUAAAACAUUCAGUUGUUCCAGUAGUCUUUGGGCACAUGAAAGAAUUCACAGUGGAGAGAAACCCUACGAAUGUAAACAGUGUAGUAAAACAUUUGGGCAUUCCAGUCAUCUUCUGAGACAUGAAAGAAUUCACAGGGGAGAGAAACCCUAUGAAUGUAAACAAUGUAGUAAAGCAUUCAGUUAUUCCAGUAGUCUUCGGGCACAUGAAAGAAUUCACAGUGGAGAGAAACCCUAUGAAUGUAAACAAUGUAGUAAAACAUACAGUUUUUCCAGUAGUCUUUGGGCACAUGAAAGAAUUCACAGUGGAGAGAAACCCUAUGAAUGUAAACAAUGUAGUAAAACAUUCAGGCAUUCCAGCCAUCUUCGGAAACAUGAAAGAAUUCACAGGGGAGAGAAACCCUAUGAAUAUAAACAAUGUAGUAAACAUUGUAGUAAAACAAUUGUAGUAUAAACAAUGUAGUAAAACAUUCGCGCAGUCUGGUGGUCAUCAGAGACAUGAAAGAAUUCACAGUGGAGAGAAACCCUAUGAAUGUAAACAAUGUAGUAAAAUACUCAGUUAUUGCAGUAGUCUUCAGUAACAAUAACAAUAAAAAUAUAAUAAAAAUGGGGAAAACAAAAAAUGAAAAUAAAAACAAAAAUAUAAUGAGAAAGAGACAAAAACCUUUAUUUUGGUUCAUUACUCAUGAAGUUUUCCCUUUUGCAGUUAGGGAGCAUGGGCUUGAAUUUAGCAUUCUGUUUUUUUUAAUAUCCUUACUAAUUUAUUUUUUGAUAGAGAAAUUUGGAGAGAAGAUAGAGUGGGGGAGAGAGACCUGAAGCCCUGAUUCACCAUAAGUUUCCCCCUGUGGAAAAGCCUCAUGUGUGUGUGGAGCAGGGUCUUGAGCCCAAGACCUUAGCUCUGUAAUUUGCUUAACCAGGUGUGCCACCACCUGGCCCCACAUUCUGUUUAUAAUGAGAUGCCUGGACUUUAAAGAGAGAGAAGUUAAUUGAUUCCAGCUUCUGUGUCUCAAAAAGAAUUUUGGUCCAUUUGCUCAAAGGUCCAUGAUAGAGGGAAGAUGACCAGAGGGCUCUGGAGUCCAACUCCAUCAGGACCUAGAGAGAGAAAAGCAUAAAGGAAGAGCAUUUGGAUAUAGUCAUAGGUGUAGGUGUGGCUUGGAGAGAAAGAGAAGGGCUGGGGAGACAGCAUAAUGGUUAUGGAAAAAGACCUUCAUGCCUGAGGCACCAGAGGUCCCAGGUUCAAGUCUAAGCUGAGAAGUGCUCUGGAGAUUUUAAAAAAAAAAAAAAGAAUAAGAGUGAUUCAGGAGGUAGCAUAGUGGAUAGGCAUUGACUCUCAAGUAUGAGGUCCUGAAUUCAAUCCCUGGCAGCACAUGUACCAGAGUGAUGUGUGUUUCUCCUGUCUUCAUGAAUAAAAUUUUUAAAAAGAAAUAAGAAAAAAAUAGGUCGUCUUGUGGAAUGGAAAAUAAGAUGGGACCAUGAGGAGAAAAAUGGAUAAUACAGACAGUUGUAGAAAUAAUAAUAACUCAUCUGUAACCUUGUGAGAAGUGCUGUCAAUUCCAGUGGAGGGAAUGGGGACAGAACUCAGGGAGCAAUGUGAAAUACCCUACUAUAAUUUUAUAAAUCAAUAUUAAAAUUGAAAAAAUAAUAAGUAAUAAAAUUGAAAAAUAUUUCAGGAGAAAAAUGAAAAGAGGGAAGUUACAGAUAUAUAUCUUGGGAGUGGGAGAAGGAGUGAUAUAGAAAUAAACAUUUGUAGGAGUCGUGUGGUAGCACACCGUGUUAAGUGCACAUGGCACAAAGCGCAUCACUGGAGUAAGGAUCCUAGUUUGAGCUCCCAGCUCCACACCUACAAGGGGCAGUCACAAGCAUUGAAGCAGUUCUGUAGGUGUCUAUCUCUCCCCCUCUGUCUUCCACUCCUCACCAUUUCUCCGUCCUAUCCAACAACAAUGACAUUCUUGUCACACAUUUCUAAGUGUCUGCCACAUUAUUGAGAAGCACUCAAAAGUUGAAAUAUUUAAAAUGCUAAAAGAUAGGGCAGAAGAUAGAUAGCAUAAAGGUUAUGCAAAGACACUCAUGCCUGAGGCUCCAAAGCCCCAGGUUCAAUCCCCCCACCACUAGAAGCCAGAGAUAAACAGUGCUCUUGUUGAAAAAUAAAACUAAAAAGAUCAGUACUUCUAGCCAUUAUGUUGAAUCCUUAAAGAAAUACAGAUUGGAAUGUCAUGUUAUCCAGCAAUUCCACUAGGAGGCGUAGACCCAAAAGAUGGAACAGCACUGGUUCAAAGGGAUAUGCAUAACCCCAUGGUUACAGUGGUCAUAUUUCAUAAUAUCAAAAACCUAGAAACAAACAAAAUGCCCUUUGACAGACGACUGGGAAAAAAUGUAAUGGGGCUCAUAAUAGAGUAUUAUUCAGCAAUAAAACAUGAUAUUGUGUCCACUGGGAUGAAGUGGAUAGAACUGGAGAUUUUAUUUAGCGAAGCAAGUAAGGUGAACAACUUCAGAAUGGUUUCACUCAUAUGUGGAAUAGAGAGACUUGAGAAUACAAAUGUGAAUAAAAGUCAACCUAUA